UACUAAAUGGCAGCGAAAUUCUUGCAACGUUGGCGAACUUUGACGGUGACUGUCUGGAUGCACAUACGUACGAAAACAGCAAAACCUGCGCCUAAGCAAGCGGUCGAUCCUGCUAACCGACCCCCGGACCGACGCAUUUUCAAAGUAUACCGUUUCGCCGGGAUUAUCGCAAGCCAAAAACCUAAGGUACAAUCGUUCGAAUUCGAUGUCACUAAAAUUGGUGGCAUGGUUCUCGAUGCCCUCAUCAAGAUAAAGGAAAUAGAUCCGACGGUCACUUUCAGAAGAUCAUGUCGAGAAGGCAUUUGCGGCUCUUGUGGCAUAAAUCUCCAGGGUGCGAACUGCUUGGCGUGCAUAACGGAGAUACCAAAAGACAAAGUGAUCACUAUAUUGCCGCUACCUCACAUGUACGUCCAAAAAGAUUUGGUGGUCGAUAUGUCACACUUUUUUCAACAGUAUAACAGUGUGCGGCCGUAUCUCGUUCGUCCAGACCCUCUGCCGAUGGGUGUAACGCAGUAUGCACAAAGUAUUAAAGAUAACAGUAAAUUAGUCGGUAUGUACGAGUGUAUUUUAUGUGCUUGCUGCUCGACAUCGUGCCCUAGCUACUGGUGGAAUGGCCGCAGGUUUAUGGGACCCGCUGCUUUAUUGCAUACUUACCGCUGGGUGAUAGACUCUAGGGACUCAGAUACCGAUCGGAGACUUUGGGACGUCCGAGAUGACUUUAAAGUAUUCAGGUGUCACACUAUAAUGGUCUGCAUGUUGGUUUGCCCGAAAGGCUUGCACCCGGGUAUUCAGAUUUCUAGUUUGAAGCGGUUAAUAUCGAAGGUGGAGAAAAAGCCAGAGCCUGAAUUAGACCCUUUGCUGUUUGCUAACGAGGGUUUAAAGACUGCCGUCGGCGGCGGUGGUCGUGGCCCAUCUGCUGGCGGGAGUGGAUGUAUAUGCAAGUGAAUUGUUUAAAUUUUAGUUAGGACCUUGCUCACAUUCAAAGAAUUGUUAACCCUUAGACGCAUAUGGUAUCAAAAAAGAUUUUAUCAAAAUGACACAACUAGACAUCUGAUUGACGUCAAUAUGAAACUUUAUAUACAUCAAGUUUAAAAUUUACAUAGAUUUCAAUUCUUCUUAAGUCAUUUUGAAGUGAAACCUAUGAUACCAUGCAUCUAAGGGUUAAAUUGUAAUAAGGAAAUUACUGUGUCACAAAAUGUUACACAAAAGCAUAGAAGGGCAAAAUGUGAGUAGGUUUGUGCAUACCUG